AUGCAUUAUCCAGAACAGAGAAGAAAGCCAUAAAAGUAUAUAUAGCAAUAGAGGAAAGUAAAAAAGAGGAAUUAAAAAGGGAAAAGAAGGAAAAACUAGUGAAGAAAAAGAAAAUCAACUUGCCUAUGCAUGAAGAGACCCCAGUCGAUCCUAUAGCAACACCUACCAAG